AUGUUUGGUUGGCAACAUUGUUUUUGCCUUCGCGCUCUCUCUCAAUGGAGAGUCGAUGCAUUCGUUAACAGUGUCAAGAAACUUCAACGAAGAGAAAUCUGCUCUAAGCCACACCGUGCUUUCUCCAUCAGCGAUGCCCAGGAGCAUUUCCGUAACAUCCGAUUGCAGAAGAAAUAUGAUACUUAUGAUCCAAAAGGACAUUGCUUGAUGGUAUUACCGUGUCUGAGGAAGAGAUCAAAGAUUAUAGAGAUUGUUGCUGCACAAGACAUUGUUUUUGCUCUUGCCCAAUCUGGUGUACAUGCAACAUUGAGUCGAGAUUGA